UGACCUUGUACGUCGAUGCACAGUUUUAAGCUUUAAUGAUGCCGAAGGCUAGGUUCUUCAAACCAAGGCGUUGUGAUAUUAUUAGUGAGAUUUCAAGCCCACAAAUGUUGUCAAACAUGUUCAUGUUACUUACGAUCAAGAAACAGGGCAGUUUCAUGGGAUACCUGAUUACUGGAAAGAGAUGAUAGAGAAUUCAAACUUUUCAGUAGAAGAUAGGAAGAAUAAUGCGGAUAAAAUCCUAAAUGCUGUAACUGCCUUCAAGGAAUCUCAGAGAACAAAAUAUCUGGGUUUUGAGGGCUUAGAGAGUGUUGACGAAGAUGAUGAGUUAGAAAAGAAAAUGAGGUUGUUUAUUCUUAAUUCAAAAGAGGAAGACAAACCAGAUACUAAGCUUCUCACACCAGCGAUACAGAAGGAGAAGGUCCCAAGUCCUGUCAUGAUUGAUAGGAAUGGUGCUCGUACACCUCCGGUACCUCCACCAAAACCGUCCGUCAGUGAUGCUAAUAAACAAGCAGUUCCACUUCUCCGAAAGCGUAUACGCAGGAAGCUGACUGAUGAGGAGUUUUACAAAGAACUAGAGUCGGUAAUAACGCCGGGAAAUCCUCGUGAUGUCUACUCUGUUGAAAGUGAACUUGGGACAGGUGCAUCGGGAACUGUUCGACUUGGUCGAAACAAAAGAAACGGACAAAUUGUAGCCAUUAAAGUAAUGAAGUUAGAUAAACAGCCGAAUCGUGAUUUAAUUAUCUCAGAGAUUGCUGUUAUGAAACGUAUACGGCACGAGAAUAUUGUCAACUACCUAGAAUCGUAUCUACUAAGAAAUGAAAAUCAACUAUGGGUUGUUAUGGAAUACCUGGAUGGUGGUGCAUUGACCGAUGUCGUCACUGAAACUGUCAUGUCUACAGAUGUGAUUGCUGCUGUUGUUCGAGAAUGUGUAAAAGCAUUGGUAUUUUUACAUGAUCAAAAUAUCAUACAUAGGGAUAUAAAGUCAGACAAUGUCUUACUUGGCAAACAAGGUCAUGUUAAGGUCACUGACUUUGGAUUUUGUGCUCAACUUGGCAAUCGUCAAAGUAAACGUCAGACAAUGGUUGGCACUCCUUAUUGGAUGGCUCCUGAAGUCGUUUCAAAAACUGCAAAUUAUGGGCCUAAAAUUGAUAUCUGGUCACUUGGAAUCAUGAUUAUUGAGAUGUUGGAUGGAGAACCACCGUACAUGAAUGAACCACCACUUAAGGCUAUAUACCUUAUACAAACUAUGGGAAAGCCAAAACCUAAAACCAAGAACUUGCACCCAAUGCUUCAAGACUUCUUGGACAGAUGCUUAGUUGUCGAUCCUCUCAGACGUGCCUCUGCAAGUGAACUGCUUAAUCACGAAUUCUUCAAGCAUGCAGGUAGUUUAUCUUCUCUUGGACCACUAAUUCGGGCUGCACGCGAGAGCUUGGGAAAGAAGGCAUAACAAGGACAGUUCUCGGAACGCUUAGCACAAACACAUGACGGAGUAGUGUCAGACCAUGGAGAUCAGGAAGUUUUUUAUACACACUUGUUUCGCUGUGACCAGUUUCACAGAAAAACCAACAUACGAAACCACUUAACUGAAUUGCUCGAUUUUUACAUGUUUGAAUCUCUUUCACAUCGAUAUUUUGUAUGCUUUGAUUCAUUUUUUAUUUUAUUUGUUAUAUAUUCGAUUGCCCAACUUAAAAUCGUAACCUAGAUUAGUCCAUUAUCAAUUGCAAGAUACUGACUGGUGCUUUUUACUAUUUCAAUCAAGUCUUUCUGCUGCUUCACACACUUGUAUCGUGUUACGUGACCACUUGAUAUAAUGGUGGAGCAGUUUCCCGCGAUUUUUCAAAUGAUCUUUGCUCUGUAACCUGUUCACAUACUAUAAUAUAUCUUCAGUAAUUUUUCUUUCACAACGUACUUAUCACGCUGUAGAGAAGACAAACAUUAAGAACAAAAACAGCGAUAUUUUUGAAGAAUAUUUUAUAUGGAAUUUAUGCAUCAGCUAUCAUAUUUGUAUCAACUACGUUAAGCUGAGUAAAACACAAAUCAGUUAUAUAUCUGCACAAUAAGGAAUCAUUUCGAUAAUG